AUGACUGCUUCAACAGGUCAAAUGUUAGCAGAUCGAUAUUUGAUGACGAGACGACUCGGUGAUGGAAGUUUCGGCGAGGUUUUACUUGCUAAAAAGCUCGAUACUGGUGACAAGGUUGCUAUCAAAAGGAUGAAAAAAAAGUUUUAUUCUUGGGAUGAAGCAAUGGCACUGCGAGAGGUGAAAUCCUUGAAGAAGUUAAAUCAUCCAAAUAUUAUCAAAUUACGUGAAGUUAUACGUGAACAUGACAAUUUGUAUUUCGUUUUCGAAUAUAUGCAAGAAAAUUUAUAUGAGCUCAUGAAAGACAGAGACAGAUACUUCCCGGAACAUAUUAUACGGAAUAUAAUCUACCAGGUGCUUCAAGGCUUGGCCUAUAUGCACAAAAAUGGUUUCUUCCACCGAGAUAUGAAACCAGAAAACAUAAUGUGUAACGGAACAGAACUCAUCAAAAUUGCGGAUUUCGGGUUAGCUAGAGAAAUCAGGUCAAGACCACCAUUCACGGAUUAUGUAUCCACUCGUUGGUAUCGAGCCCCAGAAAUUCUGCUGCGAUCGACUUCCUACAAUUCUCCUAUUGAUAUUUGGGCACUUGGUUGCAUUAUGGCCGAACUCUACAUGCUUAGACCAUUGUUUCCAGGAACUUCAGAAUUGGAUCAACUUUUCAAAAUCGUUACCGAAGAGUGGCCCGAAGGAUAUCAACUUGCCAUUGAGAUGAACUUCAGGUUUCAACAAUGUGUUGCAACGCCUUUUGCAGCAAUUGUGAGUGCAGCAAGUGACGUUGGCUUGAAACUAAUGGCAGUUCACAUAGGCUUUGAAACAAGCUCUCACUACUCAUGCAAAGCAAUUCAUUGUCUUUUUUCAUGA